AUGCAAGAACCGUUUGGGUCGGAGCUGUUGCGGCGUCGGCUUCGCCAAGACAGCGAGCAGGACAUGUCCGCGGCUCGAGGCGCUGUCGACAGCCAUGUCACCAUCCCUCAGCAUCUGACGGAUGGCCAAGACGGUGACGCGUGUCUCGACAGGGCCACGUACCCGGCGGCGCGGGCUCGAGUGCUCGCUCGCGAGAGAGCAAUGGGCUUCGACGCCCGCUGUCGUGCCCGAGCGACGCCCCUCGAGGCCCGUGCCAACCGCCUGCUCGUCGCCCUGCGCCGCCGCGACGACGCCCUCGUCUACGCCUGCGCGGCGCCCCGGACGGGACACGCCGGCCAGACGCACCCGCGCUUCGCGGCCGACCACUUCCUGGCCAAUCUCGACCUCGUCCCUGACACGGCCCUCUUCGACGUCGCCUGUCACCUCCCCAAGGGCGCCCAUCUCCACAUCCACUACAACGCCUGCCUGCCCCCGGCCGUCCUGCUCCGCCUGGCGAGGGGCAUGGAGCGCAUGUUUGUCACGAGUGACAGGGCUCUCGUGCCUGACGAUGACGGCGCGAGCUUUGAUGGCUGUGAGCUGCAGUUUUCCAUCCUGGGCCCGGAUGCUGAGAGGCCUGGGGAUAUCUUUGCUCACGACUACACCCCUCGCCAGACUAUGAGAUUUUCUGAUUUCUUGGACUCUUUUCCACGCCACUAUCCGCGAGCCAAUGUCACCGCGGACCGCUGGCUCGAGCAGAAACUCGUCUUCUCCGAGGACGAAGCCUAUGGACCGCUCCAGACGGCAGACGGGGCAUGGCAAAAGUUCAACGGCCGGACGCGUAUGAUGAAGGGCCUCUUCAACUACGAGACGGCCUACCGCACCUAUACGCGCCUCUUCCUCGAGGACCUGGCGCGCGACGGCAUCCUCUACGCCGAAAUCCGGCCCAAUUUUAUGCGCAGCAACCAGUUGUACCGCGACGACGGCUCGGGGACCAUUGACAACCGCGGCAUCAUGCGCAUCCUCAUCGACGUCGUGUCCCGGUUCCGCGCCGAGGUGGUCGCGCGGCGGGGCUUCUUUGGCGGCGUCAAGGUCAUCUACUGCACGCCGCGCGUCUUUUCGCCCGAUGAGAUCGGGGCGGCUCUGGAGGAGUGUUUGGAGUUUAAGAAGCAGUGGCCUGAGUGGAUCGCGGGCUUUGAUCUGGUGGGCGAGGAAUCCAAGGGCCGGCCCCUCAAGGACUUUGCUGGCGAGCUGCUCGACUUCAAGCACAGGUGCGCGGCCGCGGGCGUCGAGAUCCCCCUGCUCCUGCACUGCGGGGAGACGCUCGAGGUGGGCUCGGCGACGGACGGGAACGUGGUGGACGCGCUGCUGCUCGGGGCGCGGCGCAUCGGGCACGGCUUCGCGCUGGCCAGGCACCCGCACGUCAUGCAGCAGAUGAAGGCGCGGGGCGUGUGCCUCGAGCUGUGCCCGAUAUCCAAUGAGAUCCUGGGCCUGACGCCGCGGGUCGGCGGGCAUGCCAUGUAUGCGCUGCUGGCCAACAAUGUGCACUGCACCGUCAAUUCUGACAACGGGGCCUUGUUCCGGUCGACGCUAUCGCACGACUUCUACCAGGUCAUGGUGGGCAAGGCCGAUAUGGACCUGUACGGGUGGAAGCAGCUGGUGCUGUGGAGCAUGGAGCACGCGUGCCUCGACGAGGCCGAGCGGGGCGCGAUGCUGCGGGAGUGGGAGAGGCAGUGGGACGAGUUCUUGGAGUGGAUGCUUGGCCGGUACGGCGACUGCGAGGGGGACGUCGAGGCGGGAGACGAGGGAGAGUGGGAAGAGAAGGACGAAAAAAAAAGAGAAUUUCGCAUCGAAUUAGGGGGAAGGUUUCCCGGCUUAUGA